CGCACGCGCAAUCCAGGUCGCGGAGCCUCGGGUACUCGAACCACAUCUCCCAGAGUGCUCUGCGGCCUCGCCGCCGCCGCCGCUGCCGCGAAAACCAACAUGGCCGGGAGACUCGCCACCUUCCUCAGGAAUGCUUGGUCCAAGGAGCCGGUGCUGGUCGCGUCCUUCGCCAUCGCGGGACUCGCCAUCGUCCUGCCCUCACUCAGCCCCUACACCAAGUACUCCACCAUGAUGAACCAGGCCACCCCCUACAACUACCCAGUGCCCCUCCGAGAUGACGGGAACAUGCCCGACGUGCCGAGCCACCCCCAGGACCCACAGGGCCGCAGCCUGGAGUGGCUGAAGAAACUGUGAGCAGCUGUGUUGACGGGGGGUCCCCAAUAAAAUGUGAACCCCC